AUGAAUAUUCAUACAGUAAAACAGAGCGACGACAAUAAAAACGAAAAAGCUAAAAGCGUUUGCGAAUACAUUCGGAAUUCGAAUUCCGAAAGUGAAGAAAAUGAUCAAACCAUUCAUAUUGGUUUUGAUGAUCUCACCCCUCCACAUACCGAUUUUGAAUAUGAUAUUGGCGAGACCUCAGAAGGAAGCAAGUAUUUUAUCCCAAAUGUGGAUGACGCACUUAAGCCAAAGACGAAUGCACAAUAUGCAACUUUAAACGAUGCUGAAAAGAUGUACAAAGAUUACGCGGACAAGGCCGGAUUUGAUGUUCGUCCCAGUGAGAGGAGAUAUCGCAAUACGAACCUAAAACGUUGUGGUUGUAAUGCAUGUCUAAAAAUCCACUUGACGAAAGAUGGGGGUUGUUACGAGAUAUACGAGUUUGUUGAGGAACAUAACCAUGCGUUGUUCAAUGAUAACGAUCGCCGUUUCUCUAGGAAAAAUAGACAGAUGAAGUAUACGGAUUUCAAGACGGUACUCAACAGCUCGAGUUACAAAGUCGGUGCAAGAAGGGCACAUCGUAUUCAAACGGCAUUGAACGGGGGGUUUGAGCAUACUCGAGUUUCAGAAAUUGAUUUCAAGAAUUUUAAGAGGGAUGCUGUUGCUUGUGUUGGGAACAAGGACGCAACGAUGUUGAUCAAUAAACUAUCAAAUAGACGUGACGUUGUACUAGGUUAUUUCUUCGAAUACAAGUGUAAUGAACAUGAGUUGAUCGCAAUUUUUUGGGCAGAUGAAGUUGCUAGGAUUAACUACAAAGAAUUUGGUGAUGUCAUAUCAUUUGACGGGACGUUUCGCACGAACAAGUAA